ACGUUGGAAAAUGUAAAGCUAACAACUUUUGCCUAACGCAAACAACAUCGAUAUAUCGAUAAUAUUAUCGUGGUGUAUCCACCUCUAAGAGCGUUGAAUCAGCUGUGGAUAAAUCAUCCUCAUAUUGUUUAUUUCCUUACAGACGACAAUCUAGGCAAAAUGUCCACUUAUUAUUUUGUAAUAGUGGGCCACAAUGAUAAUCCCAUAUACGAGAGAGAAUUCAGCACGGCAAACAAAGAACAGCGCAAAGAGGAUCAGAGACAUCUCAGUCAAUUUAUAGCUCACGCAGCUUUAGAUCUUGUCGAUGAGCACAAAUGGAAGACAGCAAACAUGCAGCUCAAGUCAAUAGAUCGAUUCAAUCAAUGGUUUGUGUCCGCCUUUAUCACCGCAUCCCAGAUACGCUUUAUUAUAGUGCACGACAAUAAGAACGAUGAGGGAAUCAAGAACUUCUUUAAUGAAAUGUACGACACAUAUAUAAAGCAUUCGAUGAAUGCGUUCUAUAAGAUAAAUACGCCCAUAAAGUCGGCAAUGUUUGAAAAGAAGUCGGAUAUCUUUGGCCGCAAGUAUUUGUUGUCGUAAUAAUAAAUGAUUAGUAGAAAUAUUAGAA